AUGAACAUUGUGUUGCCACUACUACCAACGAGACGACAACUUUUGUUUGUCGCUUUCGCCAUGUUUAAAUUGUUCGGAUUCAUACCGUUCCCGUUAGAUUGCCACACGUUUAAGCCGAAAUCGUGCAGCAACACUGGAACACUGUUCCAUCUACCAAUUCUACAAGUUGUCUUAUACGCUUUCAUCAACUGUAUGAUAUUGAAGUAUAGAGUACAAAUCUUUUACACCAAUCUGCAGAUCCUGAAUAUUAACGACAUACUAAAGUUUGGAUCACUGAUGUGGGCUGUAUUAGCUAUUUUCAUUUGCACCAUAGUACAGCGCAACACACAUCGAUGUUUUUGGGAAAUGUUGAAAACUAUUCGUGGCACUACGCGCAAGGAGUACGUUCAACGCUUCCGCACGCAAUACCUGUGGAAGUUUUAUGGUUACUUGGUGUUUAGUUCAAUCGUCGAAGUGCAAGUGCUGUAUACUAUUCAGGAUUCUCCGUCGGAAGUAGUAUAUUGGUUUGUGAUGCUGUUCUUGAACGUCUUUCUUUGGAUGCGUCAUCUUUUCCACAUUCUUUACAUCGAUUUACUCAAGAUACAUCUACAGCAGCUUGAAUACGGGCUAGUGGAGAUUAGAGACUAUAUGGACGAUCUACAUGUGCACCCGAAAGAGUCGGCCUUGUAUCGGGAGAUGUAUGAACGUUGCAUUAACCGUUUGUUGAAGUUAAAAACUGUGUACGGACAGCUGUGGGAGCUGAGUGACUGUAUUAAUCGUACCUUCGGUUGGUCACAGAUCUAUAGCUUUUCUGCAAAUUUUGUACAACUUUCCUGCGAUCUUUACUGGUGUUAUAUGUGCAUCAAAGGAUACAGCGAUGGUGAUCUUCAAAGCACGCUCAUUGAACUAUUGCCAACAUCAUGUCUUAUUGGGCUUUUGCUGAAUUCUGCCGAAGCAUGCCUUCGUGUGACAACCGCACUUCAGUCAGCAUUGCUGGAAAUUCCCCACGAGAAUGAUCAAACCUUUCGAAAGAUCAUCUAUCGCUUUGGUUUGCAGAUCGCUCAGCAAAGAAUUCGUCUGACAGCUUAUGGACUGUUUGACAUUAACUACUCACUCCUGAAAAUGUUCGCUACGGGAAUAACGACGUACAUGAUCAUUUUUAUCACUUUCUCUAAAGAAAUUAGUUUGGAGGAGUACGAUAAUAAUUAA